UCUGCAUAUAUAUGUUUCCUCUUUCUCCAACACUCGUAUUCUAUCUCUCUGUCUCGAUCAUCUUCUACUUGUAUGUCCAACUGUUUGGAGUUUUUAUGAGUCCGAGAGAAAUGGAUCAACAAUAUUCCAGGGACUUUCCGAUCCUAUCCUAUAUCCUGUCAAGGCUCGACCCUGAAUCCAAUCCACCACUCUCACCCCAACUCCAAGAAACUCUGUUGACUCAGCUUCCCCACCUGAACCACCCCAAAGUCCUUGCCUCCAUGACCCACCUCAUCCCCACCACCCUCUCUCAGACCCUCUCCCUGCUCCGGGCCCUUGGUACUCCACCCGACCCGUCCACCGUGGUUGUGGCACGUGCCAAGAUCGCUGAAAUCCAGUCUAAGCUCCAAAACAGUAGUAGUAGUGUCCUCCAAGAAACCCAGAACUACUCACAAGUGAGAGAAGCGGCAGAGAAAGAGUUGGAGAUAUACAAGGCGGUGGUGAGGUUGGAGGAGAUGCACGCGACCUAUGAGGAACAGUUGAGGGAUGUGGAAGUGAGGCUUGCUGAGGCAUAUGGCUCGGUCGUGGUUGAUUUAGAAAAGGAGGAGGGUGAGGUGAUAAAACUGAAUGCGGAAGUGGUCAGGAUUUUGAAGGAGGCAGAGAGUGGGGUAGCUGUUGAAAGAGUUGAGCUUUCUGGGCGUCAUCUGAGGUUUCUACCUGAGGCUUUCGGGAAGCUUCAUGGCUUGGUCUCUCUCAACCUGUCAAACAAUCAGCUACAGUCCAUUCCAGAUUCAAUUGCAGGACUUGAGAAACUCGAGGAGCUCUAUGUUUCGUCCAAUCUUUUAGUUUCCUUGCCCGACUCCCUUGGAUUGUUGCUUAACCUGAGGAUCCUCAAUGUGUCAGGAAACAAGCUGGAUGCCCUUCCUGAAAGCAUUGCUCGUUGCAGUUCACUGGUGGAGCUAGAUGCAAGCUUUAACAACCUGAUGUGUUUGCCAACAAAUAUUGGUUAUGGGCUACUGAAUCUCGAAAGGCUCUCAAUCCACUUGAAUAAAAUCCGUUCCCUUCCUCCAUCCAUCUGUGAAAUGCGGUCACUGAGAUAUCUAGAUGUUCAUUUCAAUGAGCUUCGUGGGCUGCCACAUGCAAUUGGGAGACUGACAACUCUUGAGGUGCUCAACCUGUCCAGCAACUUCAGUGACUUGACAGAGCUUCCUGAAUCAAUUGGUGAUUUAACCAACCUCAGGGAGCUUGAUCUAAGCAACAACCAGAUUCGAGCUCUUCCCGCAAAAUUUGGUCUGCUAAGAAACCUAAACAAGCUCAAUUUGGAUCAGAACCCGCUCGUGAUUCCGCCAAUGGAGAUAGUAACUCAAGGGGUUGAAGCUGUCAAGGAAUACAUGGCACAGAGGUGGCUCGAUAUCAUAGCAGAGGAACAACAGAGGAGCAUGCUUGAAGCAAGCAAACAAACAGCUCAGACUGGAUGGUUGGGUUGGGGAACCUCCUUGUUGAAUAACUUGGUUUCUUCGGUCUCCCAUGGUGUUGCAGGUAAUCUUGGAGGGAAGAGAGAUUCUAGAGACCCAUGUCUUGAUCAACAGUUGUGAUCAUCCAGCUUUUUCUGUAAAUAUUCCUCUGUAUAUAUGUGUAGUCUGGACAUUUAGUUAUGUAUGAAGUCUGGUAUCUGUAAGAUAAUACUGAUUUUACUGUAAUUGAUGGAUGAAGAUGGUAUACAUUGUUUUUGUGUAAAAUGUUCUUGAUAAAAAUAAAAAUAAUAAUAAUUAUUGAGCCAA